UCAAACUCUUUUUAUUUGUUUUUGUACACUUGCUUAAGCUUUCUAUUUCCUUUGAGUCUGAUGUAUAAAUCCUUAUGAUAAUCUUUUCUACUUCCAGUUUCCUCUUUUGCUUCUUUUUCACACAUUCACUUUGUCUUCAUGUAGUUUUGUCAGAUUAGAAGCAAUCAUUACACAGUUGAUUACACACAGCACAAAGAGGGUUUUAAACUCUUGAUACCAAAAAUGCAAACUCCAAAAUUAAGGCCUGGUUCUUUGGAGCUGCCACAUAAGAAAUCCUCUUUACCAGCUCCCAAACUUGCUAGGAGAGUUAAGCCAAGCGGGUUAGAAUCUGAUCCAAAAACCAAGACAUCACCAAAAACUCAAACCCCCAAAGUAGCUACUGCUGAUCGCCGCUCUCCAAGAAUCCCUCUUAAUGAGAUUCAGAAGAAGAGGACAGGGAGGGUACCAGAGCUUGAAUCACAGGUAUCUCAGCUUCAAGAAGAGCUCAAGAAGGCAAAGGAAGAGCUAAACAGAUCAGAAGCAUUAAGGAGAGAAGCUAAACAAGAAGCUGAAGAAGCCAAGCAGCAGCUAAGGGAGAUCAACACCUCAGAAGAUUCAAGAAUCGAGGAGCUGCGUAAACUCUCACAGGAGCGAGACAAGACAUGGCAAUCUGAGGUUGAUGCUAUGAAGAGACAACACGGAUUGGACUCAGCUGCUCUGUCUUCCGCCAUCACCGAGGUUCAGAAGCUGAAGUCCAAGCUCUUUGAGACUGAGUCCGAGCUAGAGAACUCUAGGUUUGAGGUAAGGUCUUUAGAGAAACUUGUUAGAGACUCAUCAUCAUCAUCAGGUGAAGUGGAAACUCUGAAAGAAGGAAUGGAACUUGCGAGGCAAGAGAUAAGCCAGUUGAAAUCUGCCGUUGAAGUAGCGGAGAGGAGGUACCAAGAUGAGUAUAUACAGAGCACGCUGCAGAUAAGAAGCGCUUACGAGCAAGCAGAGGCGGUUAAGACAAAGUAUUCACAGAGAGAGGCAGAGUUAGCUGAGGAGCUGAAGAGAACUAAAGCUGAAGUUGAGGUUUUGCGCAAAGGAUAUGAAGCUGCUGAAGAUUUCAAGAAGCUUGAGUCAGAUUUAGUGGAAGUGAGAGGGGGUUUGAUGGAUAAGGAGAUGGAGUUGCAGAGGCUGAGAAGUGAAAUGGAGAAGAGAGUUGAGAGCGCAAACACUGAAGCCAUGGAAGCUGAGCUAAGGAGAGUGAAGGUUCAGUGUGAGCAGUGGAGGAAAGCGGCUGAGACGGCAGCUUCUAUACUGAACAAUGAAGAAGAGAGGAUUGAUUCUACUGAGAAUGGUAAAAUGUUGAAGAAGUUUGGUGUGUUACUCAAGAAAAACCACAAGUAAUAAUUUGAUUCUUUUUGGAUUCUAUUUUAAGAUAUUGAAAAAUUGGCAUUGCUGUUGCCUGUAAAUUUGUAAAAUUCGAUUUGAUUUCUAUAAGUUUAUUUUCUCUUCUUCUUGUAAGUGUUGCCACAUUUGGUGUUGAAAACUGUAUUUGUUAAGUGAUAUUUUGCAUUCAAGAAUCAAGAACUCAGAUUAUU